AUGGUGGAGUCUAAUUCUGCAGUGUCCCAAUAUGCCUGGGAUAAGGCUCAUCGUACACGGCUUUCGAUCGAAUCGUACUAUGCACAAAGUGCACUUCAAUGUGCCGAAAGGGAUCGAAGAGCCAAGAAGUUGGAAACACAGAUGACUGAGAAAGGUAAUACCGUUAGUUUUAUUCUACUCAUGAUGUUAGGAUUGAGCGAGGCGGAUAAAGAAGAGAAACGAAAGGCUCAAGGAACCAAGGAAUCCGAUUACUUGAGGCUGAAAAGAACGAGGUUGUCGGUUACGGACUUUAGAUCAUUGAAAGUUAUCGGUAGAGGGGCCUUUGGUGAGGUUCGACUUGUUCAAAAGGAAGAUACAGGUCACAUUUACGCCAUGAAGAUACUUCGAAAGUCCGAGAUGUUAGAAAGAGAACAGGUAAAAAUCUUUAAUGCUUUGCGAUGAUGUUAUUAUUUUAUUUUUUAGACUGCACAUGUCCGAGCUGAACGCGAUAUUCUCGCUGAGGCGGAUUGCGAGUGGAUUGUCACCAUGUAUUUUUCAUUCCAAGACGAAUUAAAUUUGUAUUUGGUAAUGGAAUUCCUACCAGGUGGAGAUAUGAUGACUUUGUUGAUAAAACGGGACACUCUGACCGAAGAAGAGACAUUAUUUUAUAUUUCGGAAGCAGCUUUAGCGAUUCAAGCGAUCCACAACAUGAAUUUCAUUCAUCGGGAUAUUAAGCCGGACAAUCUUCUGUUGGACGCGAGGGUAUGGAUUAUGUUAAGUUUAAUCUUUGUUGUUUAGGGGCACAUAAAGCUGUCAGACUUUGGUCUAUGCACUGGACUUAAGCGAAUCCACCGAACAGAGAUGUACCGGAAUUGGCCAUCUCAAUUGCCAUCAGAUUUCUUUGCCAAAGGCUUCGAAUCCAAGAGGAAAGCUGAGACCUGGAAGAAGAACCGACGGGCGUACGCUUAUUCUACCGUAGGGACCCCUGACUAUAUUGCCCCGGAGCUAUUCCAAUCAAAUGGAUAUACGAAGAGUUGUGAUUGGUGGUCUUUGGGAGUGAUUAUGUUUGAAAUGUUGAUUGGAUAUCCGCCUUUCUGUUCGGAAACUCCACAGGAAACAUACAGGAAAGUGUGUAAUUGGCAGCAGACCUUGAUAUUCCCUCCAGAGAUACCCAUUUCUAUUGAAGCAAAGGCCGUAGGUUGUUUCAUUCUAAAAAUAUGCGAGGAAUGCUAUUUUUUAGACGAUAAAAAGAUUUUGUUGUGAAUCCGAGAAGAGAAUGGGCCAUAACAAGGGUAUUGAUGAGGUAAAGCAAUGUCCCUUCUUCAAGAGAGUUGACUGGGAUCACAUAAAAGAACUACCUGCGCCCAUCCGGAUAGAAGUCAGAGGAAUCGCAGAUACCUCCAACUUUGACGACUUUGGAGAAUGCGAGCCCAUUAUGCGUAAGUUUUGGGGGGUGCGGAGACAGAACUCUUAAAUGAUUAAGCCAUUAACACACGAUUUAUGUCCCAUUGAAGCAGCUGUGGACGCAAGAAAUUUUCUAUUUUUGUUUGUACAUGACCUAUGAGUGUAUACAGGGUGUUCCAAGAAUUAUGGAAAAAACUAUUCGUUAAUAACUUUGUGCUCGGUGGUCCAAUCCAAAAAAUUUUUUUUGCAUUUUGCAGAAAAACCUUUGAGUUUUUAGAAUCAAAAAAGAUUUUUUUGUUUUAUCGGCGGAGACUUCCGUAAUCCGCCUUGAAUUUGGCGGAGUGCUUUUUUCACAACCGAGGAUGUAAAAAUGGGUUCAUUUCUUUCUCCGCCGAUUCGUCGGCCGAAUUGCUUUUUUUUCACCCAGUAGGGAGAAGAAAUGAAGACGUAAUAAGUCGUAAUUAGGCGCCAUGCCACCAGGAAUACCAUACGUUUUGGUUUUAGCCAAUUUAAGUCGAAGAAAAAUCGUACGCCGAGGUUAAAAAAUGUCUCCGCCGAAUGACAAAAAUUUGAAAUAAAUCUCAUUUUGUAUCUUCUGAAUCCUUUCCCACCCAUUUUCUUCACACAUACAACAAUUUACAGCCUCAUUUAUGAAAAAAACACUCCGCCGAAUUCAAGGAGGAUUACCGAAGUCUCCGCCGAUCAAAAAAAAAAUUUUUUGUUGAUUCUAAAAACUCAAAGGUUUUCCUGCAAAAUGCAAAAAAAAAUUUCGGAUUGGACCACCGAGCACAAAGUUAUUAAUGAAUAGUUUUUUCCAUAAUUCUAGGAACACCCUGUCUAUAAAAAAAAAAGUUUUGUCCCCCUUCUAACUGUUUUGAUGUCUAGGAUUUAAAACGCGUUUUGCCACACUUUGGAGCUUAGCCUAACAGAGGGCGGACAUUGUUAAAAUCGGUGUCUCAGAAUUGAACGAAAAUUGGUCAACUUAAUCACUGAUAGGCACAAAACAUUCGCUUUCUUUGUUUUUGUCCAAAAUUACCGUAUGACGGCAUACUGUAACAUCUUUUUUUAAAAAAGAUAUGCCCUAAUCGAGAAAACGAAGCGCCAUUUCAGCGCAAAUUGAGUUCAAGUAUAUGUUUUCGAUCAUGUAGAACAUUUUUGUAAUUGUCACCGAGAACUAAAAAGUACAUCUAAACUAUGUUACACAUGAGGCAACAUACCAUUUCGGGUAUAAAAAAUGCAGUUUGGACGAGGCGCAGAUUUUGAAACCGGAAUACUAAACCUCAAGCCUUGUCUAACAAACCAUAAAAAUUUCAGAAAGAUCAAAUAUAUAGUUUUUGAGAUAUCGGACAUUCAAUGUCUCAUGUGCAAGAUCACCUUGCCCCCGAAAAAAUCUGGCAUUCUUAGGUUUUUGGCUAGGCGCAGAUUUUGAAAGUUUCCAAUACAUUUUUAUGACAUUUUAGGAGGAUACAGCAAGUUUCAGAGGAAAAAAAUGAAUAAUUUUUGAGAAAUCGACCAAAAUACCUUGUUUUAGGUCAUCAGAUGCCCGAAAAAAUCUGGCAUUCUUAGGUUUUUGGCUAGGCGCAGAUUUUGAAAGUUUCCAAUACAUUUUUAUGACAUUUUAGGAGGAUACAGAGAGUUUCAGAGGAAAAAAAUGAAUAGUUUUUGAGAAAUCGACCAAAAUACCUUGUUUUAGGUCAUCAGAUGCCCGAAAAAAUCUGGCAUUCUUAGGUUUUUGGCUAGGCGCAGAUUUUGAAAGUUUCCAAUACAUUUUUAUGACAUUUUAGGAGGAUACAGCAAGUUUCAGAGGAAAAAAAUGAAUAGUUUUUGAGAAAUCGACCAAAAUACCUUGUUUUAGAUCACCGGAACACAGAAUCGUAGCCAUAGGCAUACAUUUGACAAAACUUUUGCAGAGAGCUCGAAUUUAUUGGUGACAAUUUGAAGAAAAAAACAGCAACACACAUUAUCUCGGAAAAAGAAGAGAUACCGAAAAAAAUUGUUCGAAUUUUCCAGCAACUUGACCUAAAACAAGGUAUUCUGGUCGAUUUCUCAAAAACUAUUCACUUUUUUCCUCUGAAACUUUCUGUAUCCUUCUAAAAUGUCAUAAAAAUGUAUCGGAAACUUUCAAAAUCUGCGCCUUGCGAAAAACCUAAGAAUGCCAGAUUUUUUCGGGCAUAUGAUGACCUAAAACAAGGUAUUCUGGUCGAUUUCUCAAAAACUAUUCACUUUUUUCCUCUGAAACUUGCUGUAUCCUUCUAAAAUGUCGUAAAAGUGUAUCGGAAACUUUCAAAAUCUGCGCCUUGCCAAAAACCUGAGAAUGCCAGAUUUUUUCGGGCAUCUGAUGACCUAAAACAAGGUACUUUUGGUCGAUUUCUCAAAAACUAUUCAUUUUUUUCCUCAGAAACUUUCUGUAUCCUCCUAAAAUGUCAUAAAAAUGUAUUGGAAACUUUCAAAAUCUGCGCCUAGCCAAAAACCUAAGAAUGCCAGAUUUUCGGGCAUCUGAUGACCUAAAACAAGGUAUUUUGAUCGAUUUCUCAAAAACUAUUCAUUUUUUUCCUCUGAAACUUUCUGUAUCCUCCUAAAAUGUCAUAAAAAUGUAUUGGAAACUUUCAAAAUCUGCGCCUUGCCAAAAACCUAAGAAUGCCAGAUUUUUUCGGGGGCAAGGUGAUCUUGCACAUGAGACAUUGAAUGUCCGAUAUCUCAAAAACUAUAUAUUUGAUCUUUCUGAAAUUUUUAUGGUUUGUUAGACAAGGCUUGAGGUUUAGUAUUCCGGUUUCAAAAUCUGCGCCUCGUCCAAACUGCAUUUUUUAUACCCGAAAUGGUAUGUUGCCUCAAGUGUAACAUAGCUUAGAUGUACUUUUUAGUUCUCGGUGACAAUUACAAAAAUGUUCUACAUGAUCGAAAACAUAUACCUGGACUCAACUUGCGCUGAAAUGGCGCUUCGUUUUCUCGAUUAGGGCAUAUCUUUAAAAAAAAAAGAUGUUACAGUAUGCCGUCACACGGUAAUUUUGGGCAAAAACAAAGAAAGCGAAUGUUUUGUGCCUAUCAGUGAUUAAGUUGACCAAUUUUCGUUCAAUUCUGAGACACUAAUUUUAACAAUGUCCGGGCCAAACUACGAUUUGUAAUAAAACGCGUUUUAAUCAUUUGUGGUUUUUUGGAACCUAUUAUAAUUUUUCUUUGCAUUUAGCACCAGGGAAUAUUCCAAGUUCGUCAUCUCAUCCAGUUGUUACCGAUAAGGGAGAGUUUCUGCAUUACACUUUCCAGCGAUUUCAAUGUCUGACUCAGAUUAUGAAACGGGACAAUAAAAGUCAGGUAUGUCAGCAGCCCGUUGUUGUUAUUUACUUUUGCAGCCACAAGUUCCUAAUUUUGACCAAAACUCAACACGAAGUCCGAACGAGUUUGCCGAUAUAUCAUAG